AUGCUUCUUGGUUUAACCGUGAAGUAUGGAGGACCACCUUUGCGUGUGACGUGUAACUCCACCUGGGACGGCCUGACCUGCUGGCCGCCCACUCCGGCGGGUAGAGUCGUGCACAUGUCCUGCUUCCCGGAGCUCCGCGGAAUCCCGUACGACACCACCGAGAACGCGACAAAGCUCUGUCAGUUGAAUGGCACCUGGGCACGGAAGGCUGACUACAGCCACUGUCGUCCGGUCGACAAAAACUCCAGCGUGGAUGGCAUCAGUAGGCAUUGGGAACAACACCUGGAGAACGCCAAGCUACUCCAAGACAUCGGGCACGCUAUCUCACUCUUCUGUCUGGUCUUCGCUUUCGCGCUGUUCGCUUACCUGAAAAGCAUCCGCUGUACGAGGAACAACAUCCACUGGAACCUGGUGGCGACGUUCAUCCUGCGGAACACCAGCUGGUUCAUCACGCAGGAGGUCCUGACAGUGGAGGCAGUACGGGACAAAAGUUGGUACUGCCGGGCAGUGGUCACCCUCAACAACUACUUCACUUCCACCAACUUCUUCUGGAUGUUCGUGGAGGGGCUGUACCUCCACAUCAUGGUGGCUGAUGCGUUCAACUCGGAGAGGUUCAACCUGGGAGUUUAUGCCAUGGUCGGAUGGUGUAUGCCCGUACCCAUCAUUGUAGCCUGGGUUCUGGUGAAGGUCCUUGUACAAGAUGAGGGGUGCUGGGUCGGUUCCAACUAUUAUGACUACAUCUUCCAUGGACCGAUCAUUCUCAUCUUACUGGUAAAUUUCAUCAUACUCGGUAACGUCGUGAGAAUACUGGUCCUGAAGCUACGGGCAAACCCUGAGAACCCGGAGAGCGCUCACUACAGCAUCAAAGCAGCGAAGGCUACAGUGGUGCUGCUGCCUCUGCUGGGGAUCACGUAUGUGCUGUUCAUGGUCCAUCCCAGCGGACAGGGCACGUCCAGACUCGUCUUCAUCUACUUCAACUCGUUCUUCCAAUCAUUCCAGGGCACCUUUGUAUCAAUCAUCUACUGCUUUACCAACGCAGAGAUCCGAAAUGCCGUCAAAAGGAGGAUACAUCUGAGUCGCUGUAGACAGCAGGAUUUUGUCUAGUGAUCUUCAAAUGAACAGAGAAAUAUCUUUUGUAAGGUUUUAUACGCCUUUUCCGUACACAA